AUGAACAAAAUUUUCUUAUCCCUUAACAACGACAACAUAUUUUCUGGCAUUAUUCCAAACGAAACAUAUUGGUAUAAUGAAAUCAGCAAUUUUCAACCAAGACGGUUGGAUACGACAUAUCUAGAAUGGGCGGUACUACUUCUAGGAUGGUAUAUCAUUCUAUCCUCAGUCCCUAGCUUAUGGAUAGACUAUGACUUAUGGAAUGCAUUUGUAAAGCGCGAUACCAUUUCCCAACCGCUGAGAGUAAUAAAGACAGGACAACAAAAGGCUCUAGAUACAACCUCAUUCCCACAAAUAAUUCCCCAUACUGAACUUCUUGAUUCAGGCUCACAAAGAACGGUAAUAUCGAAUACAAAAUACGGCAAUAGUGACCAAAUAUUUGGAAAGCAAAAUGAAGAUAGUCACUCAACAAAAAGCGAAAGAAAAAGAAGAAUAAGUUGUCAUUCCAAAAUUACAAUUCAUACAGUCCAAAAAUCAAACAAUCCAGGAAUCAGAAGUCAUCAACGUGCAGCACAAAUAACAGCACAAAAAAAAAAGAUAUUCUCUCAACCUCAAGAAAAUCCCCAUCAUAAAGAAGGAGAUAAGAUGCGGAAAGAUGAACUUUAUUUUUUCGUUGGUGAUGCUGCAUCGAAUACAGAGCUUGGGGCCGAAAAUCAUUAG